AUGAGGAUAGAAGAAUUGAUAUAACUGAAGACAACUUUCGGGUGUCAGUGUUCUUACCUAUUAUUGAUACUGCGUUGUCACAAUUACAAGGAAGGUUUGAAGGAAUGAAGACAGUACACAAUAAUUUUGAAUUUUUAACUCCUUCUAUGAUACUAGAUUCUGAAGAAUCAGAAUUGAUAAAAACUGCAUAUGACUUUGUUCAGUUUUAUCAAAACGAUAUAAGUUCUGAUUUCCCUAGACAACUUUUAUCACUUAAAGAAAAUUUAAAAAAUAUGAAGUUGAAGACUAUAAGAGAUCUUAGUGAUUUUUUUAUAGAAAAUGAUCUUUGUUCAGUCUAUAGUGACAUUAUGACUGCAUGCAUUAUAUUUUUAACACUACCAGUAACUGUAGCUUCGGCAGAACGCUCUUUUUCUAAAUUAAAACUUAUAAAAAAUUACUUGAGGAAUUCUGUUAGCCAAGAACGUUUAUCACACAUAGCU